UCUCAGCUCGUAUAGCAAUACAGUGGUAAUAGGAUUUUAAAAAUUUAAAAGGAUAAAAACCGAAUAGAUAGUUUACAAGAGAUCAGUUGUGGGUAGAUAUUGAAAGGUGGCAUAUUGGGAUUACUGGUACGAUUGGGAUGUACGCCCAAGGAUCCAUAGCACCUCGUGUUUGGGGGUAAACAACGGCGUGCAUAAACUGUUUGCGGAUUCUAGCGACUAACAAACUAUUUGCUCAAAUGGAAGGUAAUUCGGGAUCAGUGGCGCAAAAAUCGCCUCGUCUGCAUCAGAAUGGAGCGCCAGCAGACGACAAGAAAGAGACAAAACCCAAAGGGUUCAACUUGAACUACAUGCACAGUCCUCCAACUAUCAUGCCUAAUUUGGGGAAGAAAAGAAAAAGUGCUCUACCGAAAACCAAUGUAUCACGUGUCCUGUUAUACGACAACGUCACACAGCAACAAAUGCUUGACGUCAAACUCUCUCACAUUAAGGUGGAGCAACAUCGCUCUUGUCGUCUGCUGGACCUUCAUAAGAAAUCAUUUAUAACGCGUCAGAGGAGACGUCACCAGAGACUGCAGGACGCAGGACUGAUACUUCCAGAAAUUGAACCAAAACAAAAACCAGCACCGUCUCCGCCGAAAUCUCCGGAACGACAGCGAACGGAAAUCACCGAAGAUCUAGAGACAUUGAAGCUUCCGUCUAUUGAGGAAGACGAAAAUGGCAACAAACGUCACGUGAUAUUCAAACUAAAGGACGCUAGUGGAAAUACUCAAGUAUUUCAUACAUUUGACGAGGAAAAUGGCAUAUUUUCUGAAAUCGUCCCAUUACAUUCUUUCUAUGCAAAAACUACCGAUGAUCCACGUUUUCAAGGUCUGGAAGGCGCUUUAGUUAAAUCAACAGCACCUUCUGAAGGAUUUAAUGAACUGAGUCCCAGCUUCCGACGGGAAAACACGAAAUAUCCGGAGCAUCUAAUAGCUUUGAUACAGAUGAAUCAACCUUGAUUACUCUUUUGUUCCAGGACCUUAUUAUUACUUUGAAGUUGCGAUUAUUCCACACGAGUUCGUUUGAGUGUUUCCACAGAUUAGCAAAAAUGGGAAUUCAGUUAAGCAGAAGUGCAAACAUUUUAUUGCCUACCAACAUGUAUCUGGUUUUUAAUUUGUAACAACAACUUUAAACAACAACCAUAUAUCGGCUUUGUUGCUAAAGCGUAUUACACUGGGGUCUAAAUUGAAAUGUGUGCAAAUAUUUACUUUUGAUUAAAUGAAAGUACAUUAAACCUUAUCCAUGAAAAUAAAUCCAAUGUAAUUCUUCAUAAAAGUAUAUCCUGGGCAAUUAAAAAAUCCACGUCACCUUUCUAAAAGCAUUUCUGUUGCAAAUAGGGUUUAUUUUGUAAAACGAGGAAUGUUAAUGAAUGAUAAAAACACUCUC